ACCUGGGUUCUUGCCCUCUCAGCAAAAAAGUAUGGUUGUUUAUUCACUUUCAUUGCUUUGUAGGAUAUCCUUCUUUGGUAGACCUGAUUAUUAGACCAAGCUUGUUAUAUAAUCAUACCAAUAACAAUUUUACAAUAUGAAACUUAAUUAAAUUAGAAGCUAACUUGUGCUUGUUCUGCUUUCACAUCACUCCAGUCUAAACUAAUAAACCUUUACUACACAAUGUCAUAAAUAAUAAAUGUUGGCCAGUAUUGACAUAAAAGACAGGAAAACUACAAUUGCAGUUUCAAAAAUGAUCUGUUUUAUGUUUUUACAGACCUGGUAAAAGCCAAAAGAAGAAAAGACAAAUGCAAAAGAACAGACAGAUCAAAACAAUUAUAGUUGCAGAAGUUCUCAGUGCUGUCAAAUUCUUCAUUUUCUCUGUUCAUUUUAGAUCAGAAAGCGGUAAAGGAGGAAAUUUCACAACUCAAUGAAAUGGAGGAGAAACCUCAUCAUAUGAUACCCAAGGAAGAAUCUCUGAGCUGCUCGAUAACUGGGAGGAAUUUGUCCCCUAAAAGAAACAACAAGCAAAAAUCAACAGCCAAGGAUGCUCAUAUUUGCCCUCAGUGUGGAAAGACCUUCACCUAUAAAUAUAUGCUUAAUAAUCACAUGAGAAUUCACACUGGAGAAAAGCCUUACAGAUGUGAUCAGUGUGGAAAGACCUUCAAUAAAAAAUCGCAUUUAAGUGAGCACACAAAAACUCACACUGGAGAAAAGCCUUACAGAUGUGAUCAAUGUGGAAUGAGUUUUAUUCGUAGGUUUCAUCUCAACGUGCACAUAAGAAUUCACACUGGAGAAAAACCUUACACAUGUGAUCAAUGUGGAAAGAGUUUCAUUCGUAAGUCUGACCUUAGUCAGCACAUAAAAAUUCACACUGGAGAAAAACCUUACAGAUGUGAUCAGUGUGGAAAGAGUUAUGGUCGUAAGAGCGAUCUCAACAGGCACUUGAGUAUUCACACUGGAAAAAGGCCUUACAGAUGUGAUCAGUGUGGGAAGAACUUCAAGAAUAAAGCCCACCUUAUUGAACACACAAGAAUUCACACUGGAGAAAAACCUUUUAGAUGUCACCAAUGUGGAAAGAGCUUCAUUCGUAAGAUUGAUCUCAACAGGCACAUGAGGAUUCACACUAAAGAAAGGCCUUAUAUUUGCCCUCAGUGUGGAAAGACCUUCACUACGAAAUCUAUACUUAAUAAGCACAUAAGAAUUCACACUGGAGAAAAACCUUACACAUGUGAUCAGUGUGGAAAAAGUUUCCUUCGUAGGUUCAAUCUCAAUGGGCAUAUAAAAAUUCACACUGGAGAAAAACCUUACAGAUGUGAUCAGUGUGGAAAGAGUUUUAUUCGUAAGAGCGAUCUCAACGUGCACAUGAGUAUUCACACUGGAAAAUGGCCUUACAGCUGUGAUCAAUGUGGAAAGACAUUCAGGAAUAAAGCCCACCUUAAUGAACACACAAGAAUUCACACUGGAGAAAAACCUUUUAGAUGUGACCAAUGUGGAAAAAGCUUCAUUCGUAAGAUUGAUCUCAAAAGGCACAUGAGGAUUCACACUAAAGAAAGCUGUUGCGUCAACCCCCCGUCCAGCAGUUGGCGCAAACUCACCGCGUGUUACAUAAAACAACAGAAGAAGAAGAAGAGAAACUCGAUACGAGCAGCAAUGUUCAUCAUGAGAGAUCAGAUGGAUGUGAUGUGCUGUAAAUCAAAAGAGGUGGCGUUACUGGAGUCAAAGCUCAGACAGAGAGAUGAACUCAACACAAAGGAUGUAUCUGAUGUCUCUCUCUGUGGCUUUACUGAUCAAACAUCUACAGAUCUUCUGGUUUCUGUCUGUAAUGAAGACCAGAAGACAUCAGUGAAUCUGCUGGACUGUGGGAUAGAAGUGAAACAAGAAGACACAGAAGCAGAUGAAGACAGGAAAACUACAAUUGCCGUUUCAAAAAUGAUCUUCAUCAUUUCAGACCUGAUGAAGCCAAAAGAAGAAAUCACAAAUGCAAGAGAACAAACAGAUCAAGAUCAGAAAGCGGUAAAGGAGGAAAUUUCACAACUCAAUGAAAUUGAAGAGAAAACUCAUAAUUUGAUACCCAAGGAAGAAUCUCUGAGCUGCCCGAUAACUGUGAGGAAUUUGUCACCUAAAAGAAAAAAAAAGAAAAAAUCCACAGCCAAGGAAGCUCUUUCUUGCCCUCAGUGUGGAAAGACCUUCACAUAUAAAUAUAUACUUAAUAAUCACAUGAGAAUUCACACUGGAGAAAAAUGUCACCAAUGUGAUCAGUGUGGAAAAAGUUUCUCAAAUAAAUGUCACCUUAAUGAGCACAAGAGAAUCCACACUGGAGAAAAACCCUACAGCUGUGAUCAGUGUGAAAAAAAAUUCACUCGCAAGUCUUGCCUUAUUGUUCACAUGAGACAUCACACUGGAGAAAAACCUUACAGAUGUGAUUAUUGUGGAAAAUCUUUCAUUCGCAAGUCUUGCCUUACUGUUCACAUGAGACUUCACACUGGAAAAAAACCUUACAGCUGUGAUCAGUGUGGAAAAACCUUCAAUAAAAAAUCGCAUUUAAGUGAGCACACAAAAAUUCACACUGGAGAAAAACCUUACACCUGUGAUCAGUGUGGAAAAAGUUUCACAAAUAAAUGUCACCUAAAUAUGCACACAAGAAUUCACACUGGAGAAAAACCUUACAGAUGUGAUCAGUGUGGAAAGAGCUUCAUUCGUAAACUCGAACUCAACAGACACAUGAGAAUUCACAAUAAAGAAAGGCAUUAAAAUGCCCCAACUAUGGUGAUUUACAUAAAUUAGGAGUUCAGAUGCAAAAACCAUUAAACGCAACUUCGGUCAAAAAUGAGAUAAUAAUAUUAACCGAUUGCUUUUGGGAUGUGUUAUACGUUCAUUCAAUAGUUUAAAGUGAAGUUAAAUCUUAAGAAAUUUCAGUUUAUAAGUGUCUACAGAGAAAAAUGUUGACUGCUAUUUUUUUUUUUGAAUGAUAAAUAUUCAUUUUAUUUGCUUCCCUUUAAAAGAACAAGACAGACUUGUAAACUGUGUUAAUGCUUUGAUUUGUAAUUGAAUGUGUAAUGUUUUCAAUACAUUUGAAAUAUGGAAAUAAACUCUGUUU